GAGGAUUGAGCGUUUGUUCUGAUUAGAAAGAGAGAGAGACUCAGAGAGACAGAGACAGAGAAAUGGGGGAGGGAACGAUCGCAGUUGCCGGCGUUUUCUCAUUUCUAUGCCUCGUCGGUCGAUGUAUUGCAAUUGAAGUGCCACAGUAUACAGUGAUACACUCAGAAUCGGACUUCGAGAUCCGACUCUACAGAGAGUCUUCGUGGAUGUCUGCUCCUACUCGAGACAUCUCCUUCGAUAAGGCCACCAGAAACGGCUUUCACAGGUUAUUCCAGUACAUCCAAGGUGCCAAUUUGAACUUCUCUCGAAUAUCAAUGACAGCACCUGUCUUGACAAGCAUUGUACCAGAUGCCGGACCCCUUCACUCAUCGGCAUACUACAUCCGAUUUUACCUACCUGUGAAGUUCCAUACCGACCCACCCGUUCCUCUUCCUGAACUGAACCUGAAGGCCAAUACAUGGGCAAGCCACUGCAUUGCGGUAAGGAAGUUCUCCGGAUUUGCAAAGGAUAGUAACAUUGUCUCAGAGGCAGAGAAGCUUGCUGUCAGCUUGAGCAAGUCUCCGUGGGCAAACUCGACUUCACCUGAAAGCAAGUACGCUUACUCCAUUGCACAGUACAAUUCGCCAUUAAGGAUCAUUGGGCGCUUGAAUGAAGUCUGGGUGGAAAUUAAUGGAUCGGGAUUGAAUGGAUGUGAAUCCACUGGAGUAGCUACUUACUGAGCUUGUCCAAAAUGAGUGGGCACUGCGCCAUAUUAACCUUCAGCUUUCGUGGGCAUGCAGCUGCUGUGCUAAAAAUAAAAAACUUGCGCCAAUGUAUAUAUUGGUUCCCCUCUCUGUUUGUGUAUAUAUAUACCAAUAUAUAUAUAUAUAUACACAUAAUAGUUGGUUUGCCCCUCUCUGUGUGAUAACAUCAUGGUGCCUGCUAAUGAGUCUUUUAUUGGCUCCUUGCGUGGAAAACAUACCUUUACAUAUUUAUAAAAUCUCACCAGCAAUUAAUAGGA